AUGCGCCAGCUUGUGGAGAGGGUUCAUCUGCUUGACAGCGACUUGGAGGGCCAUGCAGAAAUCGUCGCAGGUCCGCUUGGACUGGUGGCCGCUGGUGGAUCCGGCGAGGCUGUGGACGUCCCUGUGCACGAAGCCGUACCGGAAGAGUGUGGGCGUGGUGGAGUCGCAGUCCACGAUGGAGGGGCAGUGGGCAGUGUGAGUGGAGUUCGGGGCCAGUGGCCGUCGCUUGGCUGUGCAGUCGUUGGCGCAGCUCCUGGCGUGGCAGUUGGACGUGGCGUCGGCGCAGUUGCGCUCGCAGUCUCGGAGUAG